GUGCUUGCUAUUAUUCUAUCUCAUGCCUUUCUGUCCAAGCGGUAUGAGAGAGAAAAAUCUUUGCCACAAAAAAAAACAAAAGAAUUUAAUUAAGGAUAAAUAGGCGAACGCAUUCGGGUAGCUAGUCACGAACGUCAGUCUGUGGACUUCACUUGUUACUACGCAGGCGCUACGGGGCCAGCUGCCUAUUAGUGCCUGUGUUGUUCGCCACCGAAGGUUUUUCAUUUCUAAUUCCAAGCAGCAUCCCGUCUUUCCUGAGAACUACUGAUGACAACCUUAACGAGGCCAGUCUAUCAAAAAUUUCGUUAGAAUGGAAUGCCAAAGUUUGCCUCCAACCCAUAUCUCAUUGAGUGGUUGAUGGUCGUUGCGUCCAGUUUGUUGGAACUUGUGCGCUCAACAGGAUCAUGUAGUGCCGACAUGCAUAGGACAUUGUUGUGCUGCGCAUUGUUAUUCGCAAUAAUUUCAGCCGGAGAAGGACUACAGAGUUUGCAGCGAGUGUGUGACAAAUACAACAACGGCGUUGAUAAACUGUUGUUAGAUUUUGACGAAGUGGCUGCUGCUGUCAACGUCUCGUUUCCCAAAGAAAACAGGGAUGAUCAGCGUUUCACUUCCUACAAGAUUUAUUUACUCGCCAAUUGGAAUCAGUUGGAGCCGGAAGCUUCCUGUCAAGAUGCUCAUCUUUCAUCUCACACAGUGUAUGAUAUUAGCACGGAAACGGAUUUUCUCGUCAGUUUGCGGUAUGUUUACAGUGGGUUCUAUCGCCUGACAGUUGUCCCAUGGAUCAACAAUACGAUCAGCUUCCAGUCAAUUAAUGCUUAUUUCAUCGUGCGAACUACGCGCCUUCCAAUGGCAGUUCAGAACUGGACUACGCAAUUCAUCAUUCAUCCCCUGCCAGUAUAUUCCAGUAUUGUCAUCCAGUUUCUUCCAGCUGAUCCGGAAUAUGAUUUCAUUUUGUACGAAGUUUUAUUAUCGGAUUGUGAUCCUUCCUCGUUAUCUAUUUCCGUUGGACAUACGUCAAUUUGCUAUGCAAAUCAAACGAUACCAGAAUGCACUUUUGAGAAUUUAUCUCCCGGGAAAUACUGCGCCUUUGUGCGGCCUAUUGAUCAGCGGUGCAAUUAUGGCAACGUAUGGCAGGUCAAGGACCACUGUAUUGUCCACAGUGAUGUGAUCGAGCUUGCUCAUUCUCCACCUUCUGGAAACCUGGAAUGGUUACCCACAGGAUCAGUUAUAAGCGACAGAAUUGGUAAUCACUCUGCGACGAUGUUGGCCGCCAUGGUGAUAAGCCUUGUCAUAGCUAUCGGAUUCGUGGUAGCCUUAAUCUAUCAGAUCAGGAGAAAGCGAUCAGCUUCAAGGCGUAACCAUCACAAAUUUUCAGCCAUCCAUUUAGCGGGAGCUACGUCAUCAACCAUCAGUAACACAAAAAAGAACGUUCUACUGCUAUGGUUGCGUGAGAGCUGCCAGUUGAUGCAACAAGUUGAUGAGUUGAAAGAUAAACUGAGAAAACAAAACAUUAAAAUUGUGGACAUAUACGACGAUGAGUUGUACGAUGAACUGUCCGUCGAUCCUCUUCAUUGGUUGAAUGAAAUCAUGUCUACUCAAAAUUUACGAAUUAUCGUUAUCGGAUCACCGCGAUUGGAACAACAUUUCGCCAAUGAGAACCGACCUGAAAACGAAUUGGACAUAUUAGAAGGUCUGGUACUGUAUGCCAUAAAACAACUUUGGUUUAUGAGAGCAGCUAGCCAUUCUCUCUACUCGACUACUUUCUUCGUUCGGUUCUCCAAUACUUCAUAUCAUGGACAGACCAACAAGCUGACACCUUUUCGCUGUUUCAUGUUACCGACGCACUGUGAAGAACUUAUUUUUUACAUAAAUAAUUAGCAGCUUUGAUAGCUGAAAAAUUA